ACGCACAAAGCGUAGCUGAAAAAUCACAGCGCAGUAUAAUCGCCAAAAAGAAAUCGCAUAGAUCAGAAAAGUGCCAAGAGGGUAUAUUGUCCGUGUUUUCCAGCUUAAGAGCUUAUUGAUUUAUCAAAAGUAGAAAAAGUAUAGCAUUUAAUUCACGUAAUCGCAUCUGGACAUUCCAAACAAUACACAAUUUUUACAAGAGAAAUGUCUGUUGAACAGAAGCGCGCCUACAAUAAAUUGAAGCACGACAUGGAACCGUGGCGUAAUCUCAUCGUACAACUGGAUUCGGUGUUGAGUUGGGAAAAGAAUUUUUACCCAGCAAUUAUAGCUGCCGCUAUUUCGACAUUCUACUUGCUGCUGUGGGCAUUGGAUAUGUCUACGGUGACAACUCUAGCCUUAGCGGGUUUAUUUGCGUUGGCAAUAGAUUUCCUUUAUCCAUCUGUAUCGCGUUUUCUCUUCAGCCCAGAUAAUUGGAAUGGGAGCCAAGAAGAACAAUUUGAGCGUGUCUGUACGCAGUUGUGUAAUCUGAAAUCAACACUAAGCGGGUGGUAUGAAUACCUUUUUUCGGCUAAGGAGCGCAAGUCGACUUUGUUUGUCACUAUUAUGAGCGUUGCACUCUUGACACUUGCUUGGAUUGGCACCAUAAUAAAUAAUCUACUUCUCAUGUAUUUGAUCACCAUGGUGUUGGCUUUGUAUCCGGGCGUACAAGAAAAAGGCGUUUUCUAUAAAAUCAAGGAUUACUUUGGGUGUGCCGUGAACUCGAAACUACAGCAGCUUCGUGAAAAAAAUAAGAAAACUGACUAAAGAGUUGGUCGGACACGGAGAAUUUAGCGAAAGCGAACUUAACUUUGCACGUGUCGGGAAGUCCUUUUUUAAAAAAUCACAGCUUAUGCUGAAUGCAAGACAUUUUUAACAUUUUUAUUUAUUCAUGUUAGAAAUAAAUUUUUAGUCAUCAAAGGUUCAUUAUAUGAUUUAUAAUUAAACUUUUUCAUAUAUUGGAAAUGCUGUUAAUGGUAAUAUGCCAUUGCACUUUACAUAAUAUUGCUGGCAUUAUCCUGUAAUGAAAGAAACAUACGACCAAAGCAAACUGAAUUGUCGAAAUCAUGAAAUAUCAAAAAAUCUAAAUAAAUUACAGGCGAAUUGCAGAAAUUUAAGAAAUACAUAGAUAUUAAAACAAUACUCUGUAUAGAAAGUUUGAAUUUCAACUAUAUAGAUUUUUAGCGUAUAAGCUUUAUCUAAAACAUUAAUUCAACAAACCAAACAAUACAUAUUCAAGCAGAUCACCAAAAAAGUAAACAAUCUAGUUAUAAAAAAAGCGAAAUACUUCAUCAAUCAGAAAUAGUCAUUUCAUACAGUUUUACGAAAAUUUAAAAUUUGUCUUAAUAUAAUGAUGCCAUAAAAAGCUUAGUGCCAUUAAACAAUCAUCGAUGGUAGUAUUCAUUUGCCUCUUAAGAAAAUCUGAUCAGAUAUUUGCAAUCUAUGCGUAUAUCGUACGUAAAUUUGGAAUACCUACCUUUAUCAUUUCGCAACUCGAUUAUGGAUAGCAGCGCAACUACAGUUGGGUUGCCGAUGGGCAACACCACUGAAAUGAAAAUGUAUAAUAUGAAUAGCAACUAAAAUUAAAUGCUAUAUAUUUUGAGAUAAUAGAAUAUUGAAGUACCAGCAAUCAAGACUUGAGUGUAAAUAAGCUGGAAAAAUGAAUAAAUUUACUGUCACCGCAAGCACAAAAAUUCAAUUGCCAGCUUUCGGUGUCCAGUUGACGUCUGUAAUACAAUUUCAGCGCAACUGAAGUUCGGUUACCAUCCGUAAUCGACUCAUCAAAAUCAUAAGCAUUAUACUUUUAUAAGCUUUAUCGUCAUAAUUCCUUCAUUCUAUAUAACCUACAUUCGAACAAUCUCGUUUUAAUUGUGAUUUAUUAAUUAUGAAAGAAAUUAAGUAUUUGAACCCUAAAGUAAAGAUAAGCAUUUUCGUACUGGCGAAAUACAUAUUUAAAUAUGAACACGAUUAUCUAAAAAUAUUAAAUAUAUAAUAUUUAAAACAUUA